GAUGGUGCACGGGGUCUGGAUAGGCUCGGAGAAGCACCAAAUAUAGCACUGUAUGAACUCCCAACUGUUAAUGACAACGAUUCGCAGCUCCGAAAUUGGAUGUGAGAGCAGCUGAUGCCACUGUCCGUCUCCUCGAGGAAGAGUUCCGAAGGACGAAGGGAAAGAUCUCCCCCCAGCUCGGGUGAAGUAGCCAGCCCAGCCCAGCCCAGCCCAGCUCGGGUCGGUGCGGCUCGACGUUACCAUCCCAAGUUGGUGACAGAUCGGACCGGAUCGCUCCGCUGCAUCGUCGCAGAGAAAGGAGGGGCUAUAUGAUCGAGCUCUUUGCGGAGUGCGGUGGGACUCGAAGGCCUGCACGGAACAGAGCAGAACUGGCGAGCUCGCCGACUUACAGCACGAAAGGUGUUAGCUCCUGAAGUCAAUCGACGAGGUUGUAUGUUCAUGCCCUCCAGUUCAGGAAUCAGCACUGGAUUUCCUCCUGGCUUGCUCGGGUCCGUCUGUCGUAUGCGCACCGAGGGACCCGACGAAGCUUCGAAAGCCAUGUGGAGAGGCCAGGCGAAGGAGCGAGGCCAGAGCUGCCUUCAACUUCGUGCAACCAUAGCUCAGCAGACGACCGACGAGUUCCUCGGAAAGUUUAAAUUACAUCCAGCAGCGCAUUCAAUGUCCCGAGGAAAAGCUGAUCCGCAGCGAAAGGGAUUUCGUCCCAGAAAAGAAGAUUGUAUUUCCGUAUCUUCCGAAUCGGAUCCUCUGAACUCGCUGCUCGCCCGGCGACCACAUCGGCCGGCGCCUGCGCUCAUCGUCGAAGAACAGAAGAUCUCAUCGGAGGGGUCCGAGCCGCCGGCUGCGGGCGGGCUCGACACAGGUCUUCUGAGAGAAGCGCUAGUCCCGGCGACCCAGGCGAACUGGCCGGUCAAGACGCGCAGAAUUUACCACGAUCUGACCGGCGCCAGCCAGUGGCGGGCGAGCAAAGGCGUCGGGGAAAGGGCGCCGGGAUGAGGCGAGGGGGAAAGACUGCGUGUCCGUUGUGGCUGCUUAUACACCAAGCGGCGGUCG